AUUGGCAGCUAGAUGAGCUGUGAGGGAGGGGAAUAUGACAGCAAGAAAUAUAGUUCAGAGCAGAUAGAAAACAACUCAGACAGAAGACAGACUCUUGCAAAAUGAAAACUGAUAACACCACAGAACACCGCUUAUCUGGACUAGAAUUGGCAGAAAAACAUGUGCAAACAUUAUCUUUGGUCAUCUACUGCAUGGUUAUUGUAUUUGGGACAGUAGGUAAUGGUCUGGUCAUCUACGUGACAGGCUUCAAGAUGAAGAAAACUGUCAACUCGGUGUGGUUUCUCAACCUGGGUCUGGCUGACUUCCUCUUUACGUGCUUCCUGAUUUUUUCAGCUGCCUCUCUCUAUCAGCAGCACCACUGGCCCUUUGGGAAAUUUAUGUGCAAACUCAACAACUUUGUGAAUUUAGUCAACAUGUUUGCCAGUGUCUUUUUUCUGACAGCCAUUAGUCUGGAUCGUUGUUUGUCCAUCUGGGUGGUGGUGUGGGCACAAAACAAGCGCACUGUCCGUAAAACUCAGAUCAUGAGUGCUGUAAUUUGGUUGGUUGCAGGGAUUUGCAGCACACCUUACGCCUGCUUACGUACUGUGACGGUCAUUCCGGGUAAAACCUUCUGCACUUACCCCUCAACCAUGACAAAAGAACAACAAUGGAGUCUGAAUGUUUUCCGCUUCCUAAUGGGCUUUCUCAUCCCAUUCCUGGCAAUACUUUUCUCCUCUGUGGCUGUAUGCAUCCGUUCCAAGCAUCUGCAGUGGAAAAGAAAACGUAGAUUUCAUCGAAUCAUUUUCUCUAUAAUUUUUGCAUUUUUCAUCUGCUGGUUGCCAUUUCAUGUUUUCGUUUUCACAGGAACAAAUAACCCAAAUCUCCGGAGAAUUAUUCGGAUUGGAGGUCCUCUAACUGUAAGUCUCGCCUUCAUGAACAGCUGCCUGAACCCCUUUCUCUAUGUUUUCAUGUGUGACGAGUUCCAGAAAAAGAUCAAGCAGUCCAUAUGCUUUGUUCUGGAAAGUGCUCUGGCGGAGGACCAUUUUUCUUUUGUGUCAUCUCGUUCUCUCUCAUCACACUUUUCACGGAUUUCUCGAAAGUCAGAUUCUGCUCCCCCAGAAGAGAAAGCAACUACACUGAUUUUCACGGAGAGUUGAGAGGUCUAGAGUGAAGCGAAGGCAAGAAAACACCCACAAAUGAAAAGUUUUUUUCUUUUGCUAUUUUUUGUUUUUUAAACAAAAUCUUGUAGAAAUUGCAAGAAAAAGAAAAUAAAAAAUCCAAGAUGAAGGUGACAUCCAUUGAUGUAGAUUGAUAUAGACAAUGCUGUAAAUCUGUGAAGAGACAGAAAUUCAAAAGAAUAUUUGCUGUUUUGAGUGCUUUUCAUUUUAAUUUCUUUAUUCUUAUUUACUUUUCUACCACUCUUCUACCAUACAUUUGUACUAAGAUACAAUGAAAUAAACAACAUAAUAUUGUGAUAUAUGUGAUUGUGCUGCAGUAUUGUUGAAGUGAUAUCCAAUGAAAUUUUGCAAAUAAGUAAUGUAUAUUUUAAAAUAUUUUGUUGUUCUUUCUGUACAUUUGUACUUUGAGGUGGAGUCUUCCAAGACAGACUGAACUGAAUAAAGUGCUUGACUGCA